UGCCGUCGAGUGGGGUGUGGGAAAACGACCAAAAGGUGGAUUCCCCAUUUAUAUGGCUACUGUUCAAUCAGUUGGAGACAUGAAUACUUUGGAGCGAAAGUUGGACAAACGUUCGAAGAAAGAUUCCGAAGACAACGCCAUUGUGGGAAAGAGAAUCCGUGUUGCCAAACGUCUGUGGGAGGAUGAGGAUGAGGAUGACCCCCCUACUGCCGUGGCCACAGUCAGUGGAACCAAAGCUGCCAUUCACAAUCAAGGGGCUGAAAUCCUAGCUUCCAUUUCCUUGGAAGAACAAGCAGAAAAUAGUGACAACGAGCUCUCACUUGUGCAUAAAGAAUUGCUAGAAAUAAAAAAAUUCAUCUUUACAGAGAUACCUCAGAUAAAAGAAAUGCUCAACAGAAGCUCCAUGCACCUCGGCAGUCCAGGGUCUCUCCCCAGCCCUUCAAACCCUGUUCAAAUAGAAGAAAUUGUCCCAGGUUCAGGUGUUUACGUAUCACGAAGUGUGUGGCGCUCUGCUUGCCAGGCAUCUAGUGGGACUUCAAUGGCAAGGAUUUUGCUGCUUGGGGUGUUUGACAUUGAAACACUCAUCAAAAGUAAUUUGAGAGGAGAGGAAUCCAAGGUUUCAAAGGGGGGAGAUGGGGAGAAAAGAAGCGCCCUGGAUGAAAUAAAAGUGAAAGCUAUAAUGGAUGCUGUUAUGUCAAGACACUCAGUUUCGACUGGCCAGAUCGGAGCAGCCCUGAAUGGGAAGAUGGCAGAACUAAGACUGGUAAUGUCCAGGAAAAAUGUUCAUUAAAAAUGAGUGUUUCCCGAGUGAGUCUAAAAAAUCUGAAGUUGAAAUUAAAUGAAGUUUUUACUUGAAAAGUUUGUGU